GAAAUUCCACCAUCACAAACCUCACUCUAGCUUUGUCCAUCAAUUUUUCUUGAAUAAAUAUGUAUAUAUAUAGCGUCGUCUAUCUUCAUCAUCACCUCGCAAGUCGCAACAUUCGCUCUCACCAUCGAUCAUUAUAGAUAUAUACUCUACAAGUAUGUCUAGAGGAUUUGUAACAUUAGCAAUAAUACUCCUAUUUAGCAACUUAAUCUUAGGAGCAUUGAGUGGGAGUUUCAUCAAGGAUUUUGAUAUAACAUGGGGUGAUCAACAUGUUACGAUGCUAAACAACGGGAAGCUUCUCACUCUUUCGUUGGAUCAAUCAUCUGGCUCGGGAUUCAAGUCCAAGAACGAGUAUUUGUUUGGGAAGAUCGAUAUGCAAAUCAAACUCGUCCCUGGCAACUCAGCUGGCGUUGUCACUGCAUACUAUCUAUCUUCAAUAGGAGCGACACACGAUGAAAUUGACUUGGAGUUCUUAGGCAACAUGUCUGGCCAACCUUAUAUAUUACACACAAAUAUCUUCACCCAAGGCCAAGGCAACCGGGAGCAGCAGUUUUACCUUUGGUUUGAUCCAACUGCUAAUUUCCACACUUACUCCAUCCUUUGGAAUCCCCAACUCAUUGCAUUCUAUGUAGAUGGAACUCCAAUACGAGUAUUUCGAAACUUGGAAUCGAAAGGAAUACCAUACGCGAACAACCAAACAAUGAGGCUUUACGGAAGCAUUUGGGAUGCAGAGGAUUGGGCAACACAAGGUGGACGUGUUAAGACAAAUUGGACAGCCGCGCCAUUUACUUCUUCCUUCAAAAAUUACAAAGCUAAUGCUUGUGUAUGGUCUUCUACCAAGGGUAAAUCUUCUUGCAAGCCUGAAUCGGCCUCUACUCCUAAGUUUCAAUGGCUUUCUCAAGAGCUUGAUUCUUCGACUCAAGAGACUAUGAAAUCUAUUCGACAACAAUACAUUGCUUACGAUUAUUGUUUGGACAACAAUCGCUUCCCUCAAGGUCUUCCUCUCGAAUGCACGAUCACUAGCUAGUAAUUAAUAUGUAUGUAACAUUGAUUUUUAUAAUCUUUCACGUUAGGUUGUGUUGUUUAAUGAUUUGAUUAUUGGCGAUAUCACUAAUAUAUUCUUGCAAUGUAUACUGAUAUUCAAAUGAUUGAAAUGAUCAGGUAGCAUAUGAAUCACAUAAAAUGAGUGGAACAAUACAUUUAUUUAUUGCCAUAUCCUCAGUAAUACACAGAUACAAGUGAUAUCAAGCUCCUCUAUGUUAUGAUAUGUAAUUAUGUAUAUAACCAAUCUAACCUUCAAUAAUCCAAUAGAGGUUAAGUUCCUCUAUGUUAUGAUAUGUAUAUAACCGAUCUAACCUUCAAUAGUUCACUAGGAGUUAUCAAAUUAUUAAGUAUCAUAUAGUAUAUAAUCAUUAUAUUAGAAAACUAGACUUACCCCACAUGCAACUUUAAUUACAUCCCUAUAAAUUUGUCAAAAAAAAAAAAAAAAAUAAAAAAAAAAUUACAUCCCUAUAAACUGAGCAACAUAUAAAUGCGUAUAAUUAUCUAAUUAUAUGCAAUAUAA